UGGUACUUUUUGAAUAUUUUUCCUAGAAUCUUAUGGAAGCCAUUUGGAUUCUCAAGAAGACUUCUGCAGGUAGAAUGGUGUCCCCCCAAUAAAUCAGUGUCUUUGUUUGCACUGACAAGGAAGACGUCGGUACCGAGGCUUAGGGAAGCAUCUAGUAUUUUCUUGUGGUGUCAGAGACAAGGAUUCUCAACCAUGCCAGAAAUAGAAGCAAGCGUGAGAGAUACUGAAUUAUUUUCACCACCCUCUGAUGUCCGAGGAAUGACAAAACUUGAUAGAGCAGCUUUUAAAAAGACAGUGUCCAUCCCAGUGCUUAAAGUGAGGAAGGAAGUGGUCAGUAGAUUGAUGCGAGCCCUCAAGAGGGUAGCCCUGCAGCGGCCCGGCAUAAAGCGCGUGAUUGAAGACCCUGAGGACGAGGACAGUAGACUGAUCAUGCUGGAUCCCUACAGGAUGCUUACCGUUGAUUCCUUUGAGAAAGCAGAGCUCAGUGUUUUAAAAGAACUCGGUGUUAACCCGCAGUUGUCCGAAUACAACUUAGAACUGACUUAUGAAAAUUUUAAGUCAGAAGAAAUUUUGAGAGCUGUGCUUCCUGAGGGUCAAGAUGUGACGUCUGGGUUCAGCCGGGUUGGGCAUAUUGCACAUAUGAACCUCCGGGACCAUCAGCUGCCGUUCAAGCAUUUAAUUGGCCAAGUUAUGAUUGACAAAAACCCAGGAAUCACCUCUGCAGUUAAUAAAACAAGCAACAUUGACAAUACAUACCGAAAUUUCCAAAUGGAAGUGCUGUCUGGAGAGGAGGAUAUGCUGACCAAGGUUCGAGAAAACAACUACACAUAUGAGUUUGAUUUCUCUAAAGUCUAUUGGAAUCCUCGUCUCUCUACUGAACACAGCCGGAUCACUGAACUUCUUAGUCCUGGAGAUGUCUUGUUUGAUGUUUUUGCCGGGGUUGGGCCAUUUGCCAUACCAGCCGCAAGGAAAAAUUGCACAGUGUUUGCCAAUGAUCUCAAUCCUGAGUCCCAUAAGUGGCUGUUGCACAAUUGUAAACUGAAUAAAGUUGACCAAAAAGUGAAAGUCUUUAAUAUGGAUGGAAAAGACUUUCUCCAAGGACCAGUCAGAGAGGAAUUAAUGCUUCGGCUAGGACCGUCAACCGAAGCAAAACCCUCUGUCCAUAUUGUCAUGAACUUGCCAGCAAAGGCCAUAGAGUUUCUCAGUGUUUUCAGAUCCCUUCUAGAUGGGCAGCCGUGCAGCAGUGAGUGCCUCCCCACAGUGCACUGUUACUGUUUCUCCAAAGAAGCCGAUCCGGCCUCGGACGUUUGUCAGCGAGCUGGAGCUGUGCUAGGCAUUUCCAUGGAGGCCAGGAGUUCUGUUCACCUCGUAAGAAACGUGGCCCCUAACAAGGAAAUGCUGUGCAUCACCUUCCAGAUUCCCGCUGCUGCGCUCUAUGAGAGGAAGACCCUCAGCCUAGUUACAGAGAAUUACGAAGAGCCAUCUCCUAAACGGCCGAGGACGGGUGCGUCCCUCUCAGAAGAGCCGCAGAUUGCGCCAGAUUCUUAGUCUGAAAUAUUUUCUCCAUCGCCCCUGUAGGCUUUAUGUAAAGAAGUACAUCUGUGUGACUUUGUAAACUUUAAAAAUCAGGUAUUUGUUACUGAGCCCUUAUUUCUGCCCUUGUAAAUGGAACAUUACCAAAGUAAAAUGUAACUGAAGUAAGUUGAACUUCUUUUUCUUUUUCUUUUUUCUGUAUUUAUAUUUCGUGGCAAGUGUAACCCAGGGCUUGGAACUCUGUCCUCCUGCUUCCGCCUUACAGGUGUUGGCAUUUCA